AUGCAAAAGGAUUCAAUCAGCCCUCACUCGUUUCUGGUGGGAUUCCCAAACUUCAAUGACGCCCUCCUUGCAAAAGUGAGCUGGCGGAUCCUCAACCGACCAGAGUCCUUGUUAGCAAGACUACUCCUAGGCAAGUACUGUAAAUCAGAACCUUUCCUUACAUGUUCGGUCUCAUCAACAGCCUCGCAUGGCUGGCGAGGAAUCUGCAUUGGGAGAGACUUAUUAAAACCUCAAUUGGGAAAGAUUAUUGGCUCGGGAACUGAUUCUUCUGUCUGGUAUGAUCCCUGGAUCUCUCUGACCUCCCCCGUAACACCUAUGGGACCACCACCAAAAGAUUAUCAACAUUUGAAUGUGAACGACCUAAUCUGCCCUAACUCUAAUACUAAAUCAGGCGAAUACACAGCAAAGUCGGGAUACCAAGAGGCAUCAAAAGAUAGGAACCACCAAACCCUCCAAGACGAGACUCUAAGAGACUUCAACUGGCUCAAAGAGGUGUGGAAUAUCCGAUGCUCUCCCAAAGUGAAGUUCCUCCUUUGGAAAGUCCUAAACAAUGCUCUCCCAACAGGGAGAAACCUACAGGAAAGGAACAUCAACCCGGAUGCUGUUUGCCCCCACUGUAGUGAUCAGGAAACGAGCCUCCACUUGUUCUUCCAUUGCCCUUUUGCUAAACAAGUGUGGAAUCUAGCUCCUCUCAAACAACAACCAACUCUGGAGAUGAUCACCAGUGUACGACAGGGCAUCGAAGUAACCAACAAAUUAACUUGUUUACCCCCGACUGGCAUUUGCCAAGGAACCCUUUCGCCAUGGAUCCUGUGGGCGAUUUGGGUCACCAUGAACCAGAAGACCUUUGAGAAGAAAUCUCUAAGUGGCCCGGAUACUGUAACUACAACCAUACAACAAGCGAGAGAGUGGUUAACAGCCCAAGAUCUGCCACCACAGACCCCUAAUUCUCACUAG